UGAUUUUUUUUACUGCGAUCAUUCUAAAAUUUACCAUAGAGACACUUUUAUUUAUUGACUGACUCUUUAGUCCCCUAACAUUCAUUUUUCAGUCCUCCCUAUAGGCCCAUAUAAUUUCUUUAAAUCUUUUUUUGUUUUCUAACAAAUGGUGUUAUAUCUCUGAUAGCAGAGCAGAAAACAUCACUAACUCUUUAGAUUCCUUUUCACUAUUUUAUUUAUUCAUUUUACACAUUCUUGAUUCUUGAACUUUCUUUAAAGUUUUUUCUUUUUUUUGUUAAAGAGAGUUCUUGAAAGGAUUUUUAUCAGAAGCAACAAUGGAGGAGAAGAAACUAAAUUUAGAUGCUCCAUUCUUAUCCGUGAGGCGAGUUCCUACUAAACCAGAGGAUCCAAACGAAUCAGAGAACACCAAGAAGAAGACGACGACAACGAGAAGGAGAAAACUCAAAGAUUCGUGUCAAGAAACAGAACAUGAAACUCUGAUUCGACUAUUACAAGACCAGAGUUUCGACCAUGUAAUGGAACCAUCUUCAGUUCCUUUCAAAUGGGAACAAACACCUGGAAAGCCAAAGGAUCAAGAUACAAUAAUCGAAGAAUUAGACCUAAUCAAAGCUUUGGAAAUGGUUUCUUCAACCGCAAGUUUCUCUGUUAAUUGCAGUUCAAGUGGAGUAAGUGAGUUCGAGAAGAAGAGAGAUGGAGACAGAUCGAGUAAUGAUGUAUCAAGAGAUGACGUCGUUUAUGAAUAUCGUGAUCUCAUCAUGUCUAGAUUUUUACCAGCCGCGGAAGCAAUUGCCAUGAAAAAUAAGAAAGAAGCUUCUCGAUUUAAAGAGGAGAAGAAGAAGAAACAGAGCAUUGCUCUACAGAGAGUCUCUAUGGCAAUUAAUCAAGAUUUAAACAACGAUGAAGAUGAUGAGGAUGAUGAUGAUGAUCAUAAUCAUGUCGAUGGUAUUGAUGCAACGGUUUACUCAAAUGAUUCCAAGAAAGCUCAGUUAGGGUUCUUGCCAUGGUUCUGUUCCAAGAACUCAGUGGAUGUUCUUAAUCCGUUACUUUCUCGGAUCAAGACAUGUCAGGAUAUUGGAGUAAAAUCGGGGAAUAUAAUAAACCCGAAAUCGCUAGAUUCUGUUUACAAAACAAAAUCAGCAUCACCGAGAAUCUUGAAAACAAACAAGGUUAUGAGUAAGUCUCAAGAAAUCUAUGAAACACCAAGACUUUCAAGAGAGAUUUCCAAAAUUUCUUUACCGAAAUCCGGCGAAACACUCAAGAUCCAGCGAAAUCCUUCGAGGUUGCAACGAACAACCGAUCAGAAUCAGAGACAAGAAAUUAGGUUUCUUGUGGAAGAAGUAAAGAGAAGGAGCAACAGAAACAAAAACAGGUCAGAAAAUCUCUCUGUUUCUCAACCUCCAUUGCCUAAAACUCCUUCAGAGUCGUGGCUUUGCCGGACACUUCCGAGAAGCUCUACCACCUCCUCCGUAUUCUCCGGCCAAUUUGCCGUCGUCGUCUCCGGUCAAGCCGCCCGUUUCAAGAAGAAGAUGGAGCAAAAGACUGAAUCUCAGUCUAUACAUUGGGAGACGAUUGUGAAAACAUCGAAUACACACCAUGAUCAUGUUCGCUACUCAGAGGGGCUUAUUGUUGUUCAUCCUACUCGUCAACAUAAAUUCUGAAAACCGGAAUAGUUUGUACUUCAUACCGAGUUUCCUUUUUUUCUGGCACAGAAAAUUUGUUAAAAUAUUGUACUCCAUGAGAUCAUGAUGUCGGAUAAAUCCGAAUUUCGUGUCGGACCGGAUCGGGUUAGGUUGGAAAUAGCCACAUUAUUUUCACCAAUAUCAACAUCAAUUGAUCCAAACAUUUGGAAUGCAAACUCGUCGUAUUCAUCCAAA